ACCCUUAGACUGUGCUUUGCCAUGACGCACAGCCGAGCAGCGUGCAUGCCAUCCUUGUCGGCAGGAACAUCAGGUCACCACCCGCCCUUGAUCAGCAUGCUGCCGUGGCUCCGCAACACUGUCUGGCGCAAAGACGCCUUCUGCAGAACCAUGGAAUGGUGGCUGCAAGCAGCAACGCAGACGCAGGGCGCAUCAGCAGCGGUGUCAUUGAGGCUGAUGUCGGCUCACAUCCCGUGCAAGCCGUUUGUCAUGGAUGCCAAUGGCUUUGCCGAGCUGCGAAAGUUCAUGGCCAGCUACUCGACAGCGCACGCCUUUGUCAUCAAGCCAGCCACCAUGGGGGAAGGAAAAGGCGUCUUUGCAGUCGACAGCGCCGAGGAAGCAGAGGCCGUGCUGACGAAGUUGUCACAACAACAACAAAAACAGCAGCAGCAACAACAGCAGCAGCAGCAUUGGCAGGCGCACACCUACGUCGUGUCGCCACUGCUCAACAACCCACUGCUCGUGCACGGACACAAGGUGGACCUGCGCUGCUACGUGUUGCUGAAGGGAACGGCAUCGGCGCUGCACGCGAACAUGCUCAACGACUGCUUGGUGCGCUUUGCACUGGACGCGUACGAUCCGUCUGCGCAUCGGGGCGGGCGGCGAACACAAUGGAUGACCAACACAUAUCUGUCACAACACAAACUAGAGGACAGCAGUCAGCACGAGCAACGCCAACGAAGCCAGCAAUCACAGCAACAACGGCAGCAACAGCAGCAGCCACGAGGAGAUGGCCGAGGCCAUGAAGCGUUUGGCGGGGCGGUGUGGCGGCUUCAGCAACUGGCAGACCAUCUGGUGCACACAGGGGACACAGACCUCCUCGCUGCACUGCGCUCGUCAGAGUUGGGCAUGGAUCAACGAAGAAAGGGGACAACGAAACACAGCAAACAGAAGACGGGGAGGAGAAGGGGAGGGAGACAGCAUGGGCCGGGCGCCAUAUUCAACGAAGACGAAUUACAGCAAGCGAGUGUGUACGAGGAACUGCUGAGGAGAGCAGCAUCCUCCAUCCGACCGGUGCUGCUCGCAGCACAGCUGCAGGCACAGGAUGCUGCUGCUGCUGCUGCUGCUGCUGCUGCUGCUAAUGGAAGGAGUGGGCGUGGGGGUCGCACCGCACAAGACAGCAGUUUGGGCAAGAAGAACAGUGGCGGGAAUGGUGAUUCUGCAAGACAAGGGCGGUCGACGUUGAAAGGGGAUGCAUGCAAGCACUGCUUUCAGCUCCUGGGCGUGGAUGUGUUUGUGUCCAGCGCGCUUGAGAUGCACGUGAUUGAAGUGAAUGGGCUUCCCUCCAUGUCGCAGCACAUUGACGAUGCGCAGUAUCGUGCGCUCAAGCACACGCUCCUGCACACCACGCUGGAUACAUUGGGUGUGUGUCCGCGCCGCCACGCCCCUCCUGCAUCAUCGUGGCAUCAACACGACACUGCACCCUCCUCUCCAUCAUCGUCAUCGUCACCAUCACGGUUGCUGGUGUCGGGCACCAACGAGGGCAUGCUACCGCUGCUGCCUGUGCACGGGAAGCACAACGCGCGUGCGGGCGAAUGGAUUGUGCCGUUGUCGGCGCAAGAACGGGACAUGCUGAGCAAGCUGAGGCAGUAG